AUCUUCUGGUCGGCGCGGGACGUCAAUAGCGCGACGUUUCCACGGAUUUUCCAUCGUGAAAAAAUUUCGCGAACAAAAUUGCAGAAAUUGCAAUUUAUUUUACGCAUUUUUCUUUUACUUCUUGUCUGUGUCACGCCGUGACAUUUUUGCGGCGUUAAACGGCCUCCGAGAUUUAUUGCAAUUUAAUGAUACUUAGUAACUUUGUUGAAAUGUGGCUAAGAAGCGAGCGAAUUAGUAGAAGAUUACGUGGACGUCUAAGCAUUACGUCUACAUCAAAAGCAGCUAGUCAUCGAACACAAGUUGGCACCGCUCGGAAGGUGCCCUAUAUUGGUAACAGCAGUCGAGCAAUUGCGUCAAAUAGAUGCAGCAGAUUGACUCAAUGGCGACGCAGAUUAUCCAGUUUUUUAAAAGAGGCCUGUAAAGAAAAUGUCCUACAUUUUGCCAAAUCCACACCUAUCAGACGAGAAAGAGGACCUCGUAGAAGAAAAUGCAUAAAACGGUCAAUUUUCACUUCAACUCCUCUGCAUCGUGCUUCGCAACCAAUAGAUGCAGUUAUCUCCGCGAAAACCGCAUCUUCCAAAAUCUCCGAAGAAUCUAAAGAAAAUUGGAAUGGUGGAUCCGCCUUGCCUCUGUGUUCGUCGGUAACAAAUGCGGAUUCACGCAGUUCAAUGAUACCGCCGGUACAUGAUUUGAAAUCUUCCAUACCUAGCGUAUCCUCGUUGACCUGUCUAAUGCCCCCGGUGUCUCUAGGAUCACAUUCGGAUCUCACGUGUUUGCUAGACGAUGACGGGACCAAAAACAACGAUAUUACAUUACCGUCGUCGCUACAUUACUCUUCCUUGUAUCCGCACGCCGAAACGGAAUAUUACAGUUUGAUGCACUCGACGUCGUUGUACAACAGUCGCACCGCGUACGAAUCGUGCGACAAGUAUUUUUCCAACUGUGGCAAGUACUCACUUAGCGAUAACAAUGAAAACCGCGGUGACCUCUCAAAAAGCCAAUAUGAAACAGACCCGGCGACAAAGUAUGAAACUACUGCUGGAUAUUCCAGUACGAAGUACAGUAUACCAGCAAGUAUGUACAGUAUAAAUCCUCAUCAUCCAUCAUCCGAUACGAAUGGCAAUCUUAGUGACAAAUAUGAUUCCGAGGACGUCGACAGUCGUUAUCACGAGAUCGAAUAUAUGGAGGUGGGUAGUGAGGAGAUAGUAGAAUCUUGUGAUGUAGCAAAUAUGGUUACUCAAGUUCAGGAGGACUGGGAGCCGUUCGAUCCUUACGUCUUCAUUAAGCACCUGCCGCCGCUCACGCCCGCUAUGAGAGCCAGAUGUCCAGCUUUGCCGCUCAAAACACGAAGCAGUCCCGAAUUUAGUCUGGUCCUAGAUCUGGACGAAACACUGGUCCAUUGUAGUCUGCAAGAAUUGUCCGACGCGGCGUUUCGCUUCCCGGUGGUUUUUCAAGACGUAACGUACACGGUAUUCGUGCGAACGCGACCGUACUUCCGUGAAUUUCUCGAACACGUCUCGUCGCUUUACGAGGUGAUUCUGUUUACGGCGAGCAAACGGGUGUACGCCAACAAGCUGAUGAAUUUGCUGGAUCCGACGCGGAAACUGAUCAAAUACCGUCUCUUCAGAGAACAUUGUGUUUGCGUUAACGGGAAUUACAUCAAGGAUUUGUCCAUUUUAGGCAGAGAUCUAUCCAAAACCGUAAUCAUCGACAACAGUCCGCAAGCGUUUGGAUAUCAGUUGGAAAAUGGGAUACCUAUAGAGAGUUGGUUUGCCGAUCGUUCGGAUAACGAGCUGAUGAAGUUAUUGCCGUUUUUGGAAAACUUAGUAAACUGGGGAGGUGACGUGAGGCCACACAUAAGAGAACAAUUCCGACUGUUCAGCUUUCUACCGCCGGAUUAAUUUAAAUUUAUCAUGCACACAAAAAAUUCCACGAUGUUGUUUAGAAAGUAUCACUUAGCUAAUAAAAAACAAAAAAA